GGGGGAGGGUUCAUUCGCCCCGCCCUGUCUCCUCAGGGAUCGCGCGCAGCCCGCGCCUGCAGGAACUGCGGAACCCGGGUCCGAGCGGGCUUGGGGCUGUUUUGAUUGAACGACCAGGAAGGUUUUCCUGGCAGGUUGAUAUCAAGGCAACAUGUCCUCCGCUUCUAUGAAAGAGUGCCUGCAGCUUCAGCUGCUGGAGAUGGAAAUGCUGUUUUCUAUGUUUCCUAAUCAAGGAGAAGUAAAACUUGAAGAUGUAAAUGCCCUGACGAAUAUAAAGAGAUAUUUGGAAGGUACAAGGGAGGCACUGCCACCAAAAAUUGAAUUUGUGAUUACACUCCAGAUUGAGGAGCCCAAGGUGAAAAUCGAUUUGCAAGUAACCAUGCCUCACAGCUACCCCUAUGUAGCAUUGCAGCUGUUUGGACGGUCAUCCGAGCUUGACAGACAGCAGCAGCUACUUCUCAACAAAGGUCUCACUUCUUACAUAGGGACGUUUGAUCCAGGAGAGCUCUGUGUGUGCGCAGCAAUCCAGUGGUUACAGGACAACAGCGCCUCCUAUUUCCUGAACAGAAAGCUCGUUUAUGAACCUUCUACACGAGCAAAGCCAGUUAAGAACACAUUUCUCCGAAUGUGGAUCUACAGCCACCAUAUAUAUCAGCAGGACCUAAGGAAAAAGAUUUUGGAUGUUGGGAAAAGGUUAGAUGUGACUGGAUUUUGUAUGACAGGAAAGCCUGGUAUAAUUUGUGUGGAGGGUUUCAAAGUGCACUGUGAGGAAUUCUGGCACACAAUUAGGUACCCCAAUUGGAAACACAUUUCCUGUAAGCACACAGAAAGUAUUGAAACAGAAGGAAAUGGGGAGGACCUGCGCCUUUUCCAUUCUUUUGAAGAAUUACUCCUAGAGGCCCAUGGUGACUAUGGAUUAAGGAAUGACUAUCACAUGAAUCUGGGCCAGUUCUUAGAAUUCCUAAGAAAACACAAAAGUGAACAUGUUUUCCAGAUAUUAUUUGGUAUUGAAAGCAAAAGUUCAGAUUCCUAGAAAGCUAUUGAAAGGCCUAUGCUUGUAAUUUCACCAAGUCAGUAUUUCUGUCAAUAAAACCAAAAUAAAAAGGCCAGUGGCUGUUUACCGUUCCUGUGAGAAACCUAGCUCCAGAAUUUCUGCAUAGGCCUUUUAACUUUGUACCAGUGCAAUCGUGAUGUUAUCUGUAUGUUCUUAUGUUAACUGAAAACUGUUUAAUUGUAAUUUAAUAAAAGCAGUCAAUUUAACUGGGGAAGCUGAUUUAAUUCGAGAGGAGUCCAAAGCCCACAGUUGAUGUCAGCAGUCCAGCCGCAGCUGAGUUCAUAAAUAGGAGUGACAUCCCCCUCCCCUGUCGUGAUGCUAGUGUGCAGUUGGCACACACGUUUCUUUCGUUAUUGGAGAUGAAUUCUAAAUCAAGUUUAAAAUGAGAACACAGAGCAUGUUUACUGCAUUGCUUACUUUAUGUUAAAGCCCUUAUUUUGAGGUUUUUUUCUUUCAGUAAAAGCAGAUCCUGUCUGUUAAGGCAGAGGAAUCAGCAGUGUCAAUAGUAGUGAAGACAACACAGGUUCUUUGGCUGUUUACAUCAGCUGAUUAAUGAUACCAAUGCUAAUGACACCAAUAUUCUUAGUUCAGUUCUUGUCCACAAAAAAUGAUUUGUCCACAAAGUGUUCCACAGGUGAUGCAUCCUGGCGAUGUUUGCCCAGGCACCAGGGCGAGAGCUGCAAGAGGCCCAGUGUGGAUGCCCCUGGACCGUCCCCUUAGUGGGGGGAAAAUAUCAAGCUCUGCAUUUUGGUGAUAAGUCACUGUCAUCUCUUCUGAAAAUUCCAAGCACCACAGGCUUCACCAGCCUUUUUCAAAAUGAGAGUUUAUUCUAAUGGUAAUAACUCCUAUUGAAGUGGCACUUGCCAAAAACCUUUUCAUGACAAAGUAUCUGUCCCACCCCAAAAUUUCUGAGAGUCUCCUCUGUUUCAAGGAGUAUCCUGAGCUGCCUCUCUGCAGCUUUCUCUGAUUCCCAUGCUUUCUGCCUACUACUGUCCUUUCUCAGGGAACAUUUUAUUCUGCUGGGUCCCAGGCACCCCACUGACGUCCUGGUCCCCUCAGGACUCCAAA